GUAGUCCAAUGCCAGCAGGCUUCCGGGCCCGGAAUGGGCGGUGGGACUCGGGGUCCCAGAGAGCCGUGCGCGGGCCGCGACGCCGAGUACCGCCCUCGCCGUCGCCUCCUCCGGGCUUUCUCCUGUCGCUGCCGCCACCGCCGUUGCUUCGCGGGCUGGGAGGCCCGGGGUCCCCGGGCGAACAGAGGCUGCGGGUGGGAGCCUUCGCGGGCGCUGCAGAGCGGGCCGGGGGAGGCCGGGAUGGAGCCCCGCGGAGUGGACUGACGCCGCAGGGGCGAGCGAGCGGGCUCCACGCCUCUCCGCGGGAUCCAGACGCCUCUGGGGGCUGUCGGCGGAGGGUCUGAGGCGGCCCGGCCAUGGCUCAUCUCCGGGGAUUUGCCAACCAGCACUCUCGAGUGGACCCUGAAGAGCUCUUCACCAAGCUUGACCGCAUUGGCAAGGGCUCGUUUGGGGAGGUCUACAAGGGCAUCGAUAACCACACCAAGGAGGUGGUGGCCAUCAAGAUCAUCGACUUGGAGGAGGCCGAGGAUGAGAUUGAGGACAUCCAGCAGGAGAUCACCGUCCUCAGCCAGUGCGACAGCCCCUACAUCACCCGCUACUUUGGCUCCUACCUAAAGAGCACCAAGCUAUGGAUCAUCAUGGAGUACCUGGGCGGCGGCUCGGCACUGGACUUGCUUAAACCAGGUCCCCUGGAGGAGACGUACAUUGCCACGAUCCUGCGGGAAAUUCUGAAGGGCCUGGAUUAUCUGCACUCCGAACGCAAGAUCCACCGAGACAUCAAAGCUGCCAACGUGCUACUCUCGGAGCAGGGGGAUGUGAAGCUGGCGGACUUUGGGGUAGCAGGGCAGCUCACAGACACACAGAUUAAGAGGAACACGUUCGUGGGCACCCCCUUCUGGAUGGCGCCUGAAGUCAUCAAGCAGUCGGCCUAUGACUUCAAGGCCGACAUCUGGUCCCUGGGGAUCACGGCCAUCGAGCUGGCCAAGGGGGAGCCUCCAAACUCUGACCUCCACCCCAUGCGCGUCCUGUUCCUGAUUCCCAAGAACAGCCCUCCCACACUGGAGGGCCAGCACAGCAAGCCCUUCAAGGAGUUCGUGGAGGCCUGCCUCAACAAGGACCCCCGAUUCCGGCCCACAGCCAAGGAGCUCCUGAAGCACAAGUUCAUCACACGCUACACCAAGAAGACCUCCUUCCUCACGGAGCUCAUCGACCGCUAUAAGCGCUGGAAGUCCGAGGGGCAUGGCGAGGAGUCGAGCUCCGAGGACUCUGACAUUGAUGGCGAGGCGGAGGACGGGGAGCAGGGCCCCAUCUGGACGUUCCCCCCCACCAUCCGGCCGAGUCCACACAGCAAGCUUCACAAGGGGACGGCCCUGCACAGCUCACAGAAGCCCGCAGAGCCUGUCAAGAGGCAGCCAAGGUCCCAGUGCCUGUCCACGCUGGUCCGGCCUGUCUUCGGAGAGCUCAAAGAGAAGCACAAGCAGAGCGGCGGGAGCGUGGGUGCUCUGGAGGAGCUGGAGAACGCCUUCAGCCUGGCCGAGGAGUCCUGCCCCGGCAUCUCAGACAAGCUGAUGGUGCAUCUGGUGGAGCGAGUGCAGAGGUUUUCACACAACAGAAACCACCUGACAUCCACCCGCUGAAACGCGCUGCUGUUCAGAUAGGGGACAGAAGGUCCUUUGUUUUUGUUCUGAGCUCCAUAAGAACUGUGCUGACUUGGAAGGUGCCCCGUGCUGUUUCGUGCCUGCAGGGACACGUCAGAUCCUGUGGGCCUCACAUGCCAGGUCACCGUCUCCUUCCACCCCUGCAGUGUGCUGUUCUGCACGUCAGGGGAUGCCGUUCCACACGUCCACUGCCCUCCUUCCUCUCCUGGCCCAGCAAUAGAGCUCACGGGGGCUCCAGCAGCCAGCAUGGUCCUCAUGAGCUAUGCCUGGGUCUUCUGCAGACUCACGCAGCCCUACGGCCGCUCAGACCAAGGCGCAGAGCAACUAUCAGGGCAGCUCUGCCUCCUCCUCCCAUGAGAUGGGGAGAGGCAACAGGACAGCCCCCAGAGGAGUGCCCUGGCCGCUGUCCUCCCAGGGCCCAUGAUGGCCAUAGAUUUGCCUUGUGGUGUUGGAUCAGGUACUGUGUCUGCUCAUAAGUACUUGUGUCAUCCAGAAUGUUUUGUUUUUUAAGAAAAUUGAAUUUACUUGUUUCCUUAAAUAUUCUGAGGUUAAUAUGUUAGUUUUCAUAGAACAUUGAGAGGCCCCUGCCACUUUCAAUAAAGACCUGACUUGGAGACAUACAGGUGUGUGGGGGGGCGGGCCCGGACCAUGCAGGGCUGCAGCAUCCCUGGUCCUGAGUCCUCAUCACGGCACGCAGAGACUGCAGCCCAGCCCCCCUUCAAAACUUCCCUGUGACUGAUUCCUGGGCUCUGCUUGGCCCACUGGAAGGUGAACAGAGCGGGCAGAGGAGUAUGCAGGUGGGGAGAUGCUGUUUAUUUUUAAUCAAAUGUGUGUGAACAAAGCAGUCACUCGUCUACUUCCCGUUGGAAGGAAUGCUGGGCACUAAUAAAUUAGAGGACCCCACCCUCCCAGGGCA